GCUUAUUUAUAUACAGUCUAUGAGAGAGACGCAUAAACGGCGCUAAAUGAGAUAACACAAAUACUAAAAUAUGAUGAAAACGAAUCAACAGGAAAACGAGAAAAAGUGCGAAGACAUAGAAGUGCCUCAGACAGCGGAGGAAAGAGAAAAAGUAAAGUUAGUGAGUUGCUCUGAGGGUUUAAAUGUGGAACAACAAAACCAAACGGACCGUCAGGAGGAGCAGCAGGAUGAUGACGACAUUUAUGAACUCCCUACACCGUUUAACUUAAUUUUCCAGAGAUAUGAAGGGGAAACCUGUGACGGGCAGUUUCAUGGAGAGGGGGUUGCUUGUUUUGAAGGAGGACAUAUGUACAAGGGGGUGUUUUCCAAAGGACUUAUGGAUGGACAUGGUGUCUUUACAUGGGCAGGUGGAUUGAAAUAUGAGGGAGAAUUCGUGAGCAACAUACCCAUGGGCCAAGGCACCUACACCUGGCCGGAUGGCAGCUCCUAUAAGGGGGAAGUAUACAAUGGUGUAAGACAUGGGACUGGAACCUACAAAGCAAAAAACAAUGUGUCAUACACAGGGCAGUGGGAUCAGGGCAAGAGGCAUGGGAAGGGUACAAUGCAUUAUAACCAGGAUAAGAGCUCUUGGUACAAAGGAGAUUGGGUGAAGAACAACAGAGAGGGAUGGGGAGUGAGAUGCUACCCCUCUGGUAACAUGUACUCUGGUGAGUGGAAGGACAACGUGAGACACGGAGAUGGCACAAUGAGUUGGCAGAAACUGGGGCUGCAGUAUGUAGGGAUGUGGCAGAAUGGAGUCCAACAUGGUCGAGGCACACACACCUGGAUCCUGAAGCGAGUGGAUGGGUCACAGUACACCCAGAGCAAUCAGUACACAGGGGACUCUGUCCAGGGUCAGAGGCACGGGCAGGGAACCUUUUACUACGCCAGUGGUGCGAUCUAUGAAGGAGAAUGGAGGAAGAAUAAAAAACAUGGAAAGGGAAAGUUCACUUUUGAAGAUGGGCAUAUCUUUGAAGGAGAGUUUGUGGACGAUCAGAUGAUGACACACAAAGCUCUCACUCCUCUGUCUGGUUCAUCUAUCCUAGGACCAGACAUGGCUCUGAACAUUGAAUGUCUUCUGCAGAAAAUCCCUGAAAGAAAGCACGACACUGAGAUUAAACAGGUGGAGUGUGUGGUGCUGAGGCUGGACAGAGAGCUGAGAUCCAUCUACGGUUUCUACGGCAGACUUGGCCACGCCCACUCCCCAGAUAACACCUUCCUGCUGACCCGCCUGCAGCUCUGGCGCCUGCUCAGAGACUGUAACAUCCACCAUCACGGCAUCACUCUGACACAGAUAGACCAUUUUAUCAAAGAGGAUUCUGGAACAGCAGAGGUCCACUCUCCUUUCACUCCCAUGCUUCUGCGUCGGUUCCUCAGCUGUCUCGUGGUUGUGGCUUACCACAUCUACCAUGAAGACAUGGCGUCACAAAAAAACCUUCUGGCUGCCUGCUUUUCCAAACUGAUGACAGACAACAUCCUUCCUAAUGCUAAGAAUAUAAAAGGUUUCCUCUUUAGGCAGCCGGACUGUGCAGUAAUGGCUGUGAAAUACUUAAAGAAGUGCUGGCAAGUCUACCAGGCUUACUGCAAGGUCAAUGUUGCCCCUAGAGAUGACCAGAGCAUGACCUGCAGACACCUGCUGUGGAUGUUCAAGGAUCUCUGUCUGCUGGACAAUAACCUGACCACAGCAAAACUACUGCAGAUCAUCACUGCAGAGAGCCAUGACCCCAGCAACAUGUCCUCCUGUCUGGAUCUGGAGAUUACAUUCCUGGAGUUUUUUGAGGUCCUUCUGGGCUCUGCUGAGGUGAAGUUUCAGCAGGUUUCUGAAGGCCUGAAGGAGAGCCGGUCACCAUCCUGCCCCGACACUGAGGCCAGGAGGGAUCUACCUAAGGUGGAAGCAAGAGAGAAUAUUUUGCACUACAGACUACACUACAGACUGCCCUUGAGCCUCUCCUGACCUCUGCACCCCUCACUUACUUUGUUUACUU